GCCCCGCCCAUCCUCAUUGACGGCAAAAUGGCGACAGAGAACUGUGAUGCUGUGAACAUGGACCCUGACAUGGAACUGCUCAGUGACGAGGAAUUAGAAAGGGAAGCAGAGGGCUUCAAAGAGCAGGGAAAUGCCUUUUAUAUCAAGAAGGAUUACGCAGAAGCUUUCAACUAUUAUACCAAGGCUAUUGAUAUGUGUCCAAAGAACCCUAGUUAUUAUGGAAACCGAGCGGCGACACUAAUGAUGUUGUGUCGGUACAGAGAGGCUCUAGAGGACUCCCAGCAAGCAGUACGACUAGACCACACUUUUGUGAAGGGACAUCUGCGGGAGGGCAAGUGCCACCUGUCUCUCGGGAAUGCGAUGGCAGCCAGUCGCUGUUUCCAGAAGGUUCUGGAAAUGGAGCCAGAUAACAGCCAGGCCCAGCAGGAGCUGAAGAAUGCAGAAUCCAUCCUUGAAUAUGAGAGAAUGGCAGAGAUUGGCUUUGAGAAGAGGGACUUCAGGAUGGUCGUGUUUUGCAUGGACCGGGCCCUGGAGGCUUCCUCAGCUUGUCACAAGUUCAAAAUACUGAAGGCGGAGUGUUUAGCCCUGCUGGGACGCUACCCCGAGGCGCAGUCUGUGGCCAGUGACAUUCUAAGGAUGGACUCCACUAACGCGGAUGCUCUGUACGUGCGCGGCCUCUGUCUCUACUAUGAGGACUGCAUCGAAAAGGCGGUGCAGUUCUUCGUCCAGGCCCUGCGCAUGGCGCCGGACCACGACAAGGCUCGGCUCGCAUGCAGAAAUGCCAAAGCACUAAAAGCCAAGAAGGAGGAAGGCAACAAAGCGUUUAAGGAGGGAAACUUUGAGGCGGCCUACGAGCUGUACUCUGAGGCAUUAACAAUAGACCCUAAUAACAUCAAAACCAAUGCCAAGCUGUUCUGUAACAGAGCUACAGUUGGAUCGAAGCUGAAGAAACUAGAACAGGCCAUCGAAGACUGCACAAAGGCCAUCAAACUGGAUGAGACCUACAUCAAGGCCUAUUUAAGGAGAGCACAGUGCUACAUGGACACGGAGCAGUAUGAAGAGGCGGUGAGGGACUACGAGAAGGUCUACCAGACAGAAAAGACAAAAGAACACAAACACCUUCUGAAAACCGCUCAGCUGGAGUUGAAAAAAAGCAAGCGGAAAGAUUACUACAAAGUGCUGGGAGUGGACAAGAACGCCACCGAAGAUGAGAUCAAGAAAGCCUACCGCAAACGGGCGCUUCUACAUCACCCAGACCGUCAUAGCGGAGCUAGUCCGGAAGUGCAGAAGGAAGAGGAGAAAAAGUUCAAAGAAGUGGGCGAAGCUUUCAGCGUGCUCUCAGACCCCAAGAAGAAGUCUCGCUACGACAGCGGCCAGGACCUGGAAGAUGAUGGCAUGAACAUGGGAGAUUUCGAUGCCAACAACAUUUUCAAAGCGUUCUUCGGAGGUCCGGGGGGCUUUAGUUUUGAAGCAUCUGGGCCUGGAAAUUUCUUCUUCCAGUUCGGUUAA